CGCGGCACUUCCUGAUUCAGAACGCUGCCGAUCCCCUGCAGUACCGCGAUUGUCCACUACAGGCGCUGCAGACUCAGCGAAUGAGCAUUACGUUACUGCCUGUGAUUUCCAUACCAGGGUGGGAUCGGAAACACAUAAACUGGUCGGAAAUAAACACUUGGCCAUGGACUGCCCAAGCCCGGCUGCAAAAAGAGGAUGGUGGGCAUGGGGCUAGUAAUCACAGUGCGACAGAUACUACAGGGAACGCUGGAGAGCCGCUGUUGGCCUGUGCGCCACUAGGCGUGAUGGGCGAAGGAAGAAGCAGAACAGAAAUGAAGCCGGAGAGAAGAGCCUGGUUCAGUCUGAGGCAGGACUGAAAAGGGACAAGUUCUGAAAAGAGAGGCACAAGAGACUGCAGAUGCUGGAAUCUCGAGUCAGAAAUAUGAUGCUGGAGGAGCUGAGGGGGUCAGGCAGCAUCUGUGGAGAGGAAUGUGCAAUCGACUUUCCGGGUCGGGAUCCUUCAUCUGGACUGUCUCAACCCGAAAUGCCUGACCUGAUGAGUAAUUCCAGCAGCUCGUUUUUAUUUUUCUCCAGGUCUAAAGAGAGUAAGGCUUGGGUGCAAAACGGUGGCAAAUAUUGAAAGCAACUAUUAAAUGAGUUAAUGCCAUGAAGCUGGGGUUAUGGAGAGAAUAUUGUGCUUUGAGGAGACAGAUGAAGUGGUAAUGACCGACCUGUGACUACAGGGGGGAAAAAAAGCACAGGACCGGAUAUUCAACGUCACAGAGAGCAAAACAUUAUUUUUUUCGGUGACGUCCUGAUUUCAACAGCCCUUCGUGAGAGAAACUUCGUGACUUAACGCAUGUCCAUCCCGGCUCCAAUGGAAGGCCCGGUCUCCCUCACUCAGCCCAGAAGUUGAAUGUUAUUAUGGUGACUAAUGUCCAUAUAGAUAUUCACAGGGAUAAACCGUUCAGUGCCUUUACCCAGUCAUUUCACAUUCUUUGUCAGUGUGGUAUUUAGUGCUAGUUUACAUUCGAUAAAACCGAUAGGACUGUUGUCGCUCAUGUGGCCCCUGGGGUGGUUCACUACGACAAUAAUUGAGAAGCUUCCUCAGCUAACCCGGCCCCUCCCUGUCCAGGAUCAGGGGGACCCUGCAGUUUCAAUGCUGUCCCUGCAGCCUGGAAUGUGCCGGUCGGCAACAUUCCUGUACGACACAGGUUCCCAACCUUUUCCAUGCCAUGGAUCAAUGUCAUUAACCGUGGACCCCAGGGUGGGAACAUCAGCUCUACGGACAUCUCGAUGUGAUGACAGACCAACAGGCUUGGGGGGUCUUUCACCGAGUUGAUGAUCUUCCAGCAGCACUUAAUGUCCGUCUUUCUGUGCGUCCAGGGAACAGCCCGAAGAUCAGUGAGCCUUCUGUCACGCAGCUGCUGUGGCACAGGCCCUUGCAUCUUUCUCCACAUAUCUUCCCCAGCCCACAGUCCGCAAAGAGGUGAGUGACCGUCUCGUCUCCACUGCAGUAAUCUCGGGGCAGCGCGCUGUGGGAGUGAUCUCCGGGCAUACAGCAAGGAUCAGACUGGGAGGGCCCUCUCGCCGCCAGCCAGGUAAGGUCUUGGUGCCCGUUGGUGAGAUCUGGUAGUGAGGUAUUCUGCCAGAUGGUCUGGACUGUCUGCUCAGCGAACCACUCCAUUGUGUCCAUUCAGUCCUUCUCCUGCAGUAACUGCAGCACAUUCCGUGCUGACCACUGUCUGAUGUUCUUGUGGUCAAAGCUGCUGGUCUGAAAGAACUGUAUCCAACUUCAUUAUCACAAGGUUCACAUGGAGAAGCUUCCUGAUUGUGACAGACACAGUCUCACAGGGUAUUUACAGGGUAGGGGCAGGAAUGAUAUUUCUCCCCGGCUGGGGUGUGGAACCAGGGGUCACAGACUCAAAAUCCGAGGUCACCUCAGCAGGACUGAGAUGCGGAAACAUUUCCUCACACAGAGCGCGGUGAAUCUUUUGAAUUUUCUCUGCAAGGAUUCUAAAUUCAAACCACAAAUUUCGGGGCUCGGCGAUGUUCGGAACGUUGAAGGAAAGUGGCGUUGAGGUCAAAGAUCAACCAUGUUCUGAGUGAGGGGCAGAACAGCGCAAGGGGCCGAAUGGCAACGCCUGCUCUUGUUUCUUAUUUUCUAAAGCACGAGAUUACCUUUGCGCCUUGUUCUCCCUUGGCCUUCAGCCUGUCGGAUUGCAUAGGCGAGCGGUGAGAGCUCCAGAGAUCCACCAGCAGACGCUGAGGUUAUUUCAUGUUCUCGUUAUUUAUCGAUAUUUAUUUAUAUUUGCAUUUUCACAGUUUGUUACCUUCAGCACUCUGGUUGAUCUUUCACUGCCUGAUUUUGCUGUGGUUACUAUUCUAUACUUUUUUCUAAGUUUUUCUGCAGGAAAAUGAUUCUCGGGGUUGUACGUGGUGAUUUAUAUGUACUCGGAUAAUAAAAUUUACUUUUAAAUUUGAGUUUCGGGGAACUUCCUUUGAUUCUGAAAACAAACUGAGACUGACAUCUCCAGCUCCCAGUAGCAGCCCGUUCUCAGACACACUCACAGCCAAUCAGCGAUCACUUCUGGGAGAAGGAUGCUCUCAUUGGCUGAGGGGAGUCAGUGGGCGGGACGCUGAGCGCUGGAAGCGGGCCGGAGUCUGGAACCGGGACCGAGUGAGGCCGGAGACCGGGAGCUGCGCCGCGGGUUUCGGCUGCAACACCGGCCGGUCCUGAAUCCUUUCGAAGGCAGAGCUGAAGAGACUGGCGGAGAUUCUGUGAGAUGUUUCAGCUGCACGGAGGGUGCCCGGCGUUUCCCCGCUGAGGCCUGUUGUCUGGACUCGUUACCUGUUGCUGGGAGACGGGAGCUGCCCCGCAGCGGCUGCCGAUGGAUCUCCGGAGCUCUCACCGCUCCCCUGUGCAAUCCGAAUGGCUGAAAUCCAAGGGAGAACAAGGCACAAAGAGGAAACGGGAGCAGCCAGAGGAAACCCAGGUCCUCACGGGGAGAACAGCGGCAGGAAUUGAAACCCAGUCUUCCAAUUGCUGGGGCUGUGAAGAGUGAAGUUAACUGCUACAUUACCAUGUCCCCUGGAUUGCAUCCUUCUCUUUGCAAUAGUCUCCGACAAAACCAAGUUGGAGCUCAGGACCCUCCUCCUUCACCCUGCGAUCCCCUCGGACCACCUCGACCUGCCGCCUGGGACCAACAACGGUGGUCGACCAGACUCUCCACAGGAGUCCGUCUCCGUCUCCUCUCCUCGCCGAACACCACGGACCUCGGACUCCUGAUCGGGGUCCGACCCCGUUAGCCGACUCACAGCACCUUGUCCAUCCUCACUCUCUCUCUCACGCCUUCUGCCCCAAAACUUUGAUGUAUGUUGUCUGCAGAUUUCCUUCUGUUUGCUCACACGCGCAUGCGCAGAGGUAUGAGGUAAUCCCAAAUAUCGCGCAUGCGCUCAGUAGACGAGAGGCUCACAAAGACCGGCCGCAGGUUUGAAAUGGCAGAACACUUGUGUAUGGGAAUCUCAAACACAACAACACAUCAGUUUUUCUGUCUGGAUAUUUAAGGAGCGACCAAAUUUAUUCUUUGCAACACCAGCACAUCUGGUGUUGAUUCUUGGACGUGAAGAAGUAUCUCAUCCCAUCUGGUGAUGUAUUCUGUCUCUGAGAUGAAGUUUUCUGUUUUUACUCUGUGUAAUUCACUGGAACCGGGAGCUGAGAACACACCAGCAUUUGUUCACUGGAGAUCAGUUCUUCAACUGCAUCAAUCGUACAAGGCAUUCAAACAUCUGACUUUCUGAAUUGCCAGAGAAUUGUUCGCAGUGAGAUAUCAUUCUCCUUCUCUCAGUGUGGGAAGAGAUUCACUCACAGGCUACCCGCAGACACGCCAGUGAGUUCACAGUGGGGAAAGGCCAUUCACCCGCUCUGUGUGAGGGAGGGCAACCACUCAGUCAUCCAGUCUGAAGACACAUCAGCAAGUUCACACCAUAGUGAGAUGCUCCACCUGUUCUGCAAGCGGGAAGCCAUUCUGUUAUUGAUGCUAAAGGUAUAUCAGAAAAUACACCAGUGAGAGGGCAUUGACCUGCUCGGACGGUGGGAAGGCACUCAAUCACGCCACAGUGACACCAGUGAGUUCACACCGGGGAGAAGCCAUUCACCUGCUCUGAAUGUGGGAAAGGAUUCACUAAAUCAUCUCAACUGAAUGAACACGAGCGAGUUCACACUGAAAAGAUGCCGUUCACCUGCUCAGACUGUGGGAAGGGAUUCACUCAAUCGUCAACACUACAUAGACACCAGCGAGUUCACACUGGGGAGAGGCCAUUCACCUGCUCAGACUGUGGGAAAGGAUUCAUUCAGUCAAACGACCUGCUACAACAUCAGUUAGUUCACACUGGGAAGAGACCAUUCACCUGCUCAGACUGUGGGAAGGGAUUCAAUCAGCGUUCUCAACUCCAGACACACCAGCGACUUCACACUGGGGAGAGACCAUUCAUCUGCUCAGACUGUGGGAAGGGAUUCAUUCGCUUUUCCGCACUACAGAGUCAUCGGCGGGUUCACACUAAGGAGAGGCUAUUCACCUGCUCAGACUGUGGGAAGGGAUUCACUCACUCGUCCAAUCGACAGAGACACCAGCGAGUUCACACUGGGGAAAAGCCGUUCACUUGCUCUGAAUGUGGGAAGGGAUUUGCUCGGUCAUCUGAACUGAAGGUACAUCAGCGAGUUCACACCGGGGAGAAGCCAUUCAGCUGCUCUGAAUGUGGGAAAGGAUUCAUUCAUUCAUCUCAGCUCUUGAAACACCAGCAAAUUCACACUGGGGUGAAACCAUUCAUCUGCUCUGAAUGUGGGAAGGGAUUCACUGAUUCAGCUCAUCUGAAAGAACAUCAGUUUGUUCACACUGCAGAGAGACCGUUCACCUGCUCAGACUGUGGGAAAGGAUUCAUUUGGCAUUCUCAUCUGCUGACACACCAGUUAGAUCACACUGGGGAGAAACCAUUCACAUGCUCCGAAUGUGGGAAGGGAUUCACUUGGCAAUCUCAACUGAAGGAACAUCAGCAAGUCCACACUGGGGAGAAGCCGUUCACUUGCUCUGAAUGUGGAAAGGUAUUUUCUCGGUCAUCUCAACUGAAGAUACAUCAGCGAGUUCACACUGGGGAGAGGCCGUUCAGCUGCUCUGAAUGUGGGAAAGGAUUCAUUUGUUCAUCUCAGCUCUUGAAACACCAGCGAAUUCACACUGGGGAGAAACCGUUCAUCUGCUCACAAUGUGGGAAGGGAUUCACCUAUUCAAGUCAGCUGAAAGAACAUCAGUUUGUUCACACUGCAGAGAGGCCGUUCACCUGCUCAGACUGUGGGAAAGGAUUCAUUCGGCAUUCUCAACUACUGACACACCAGUUAGAUCACACUGGGGAGAAACCAUUCAUCUGCUCUGAAUGUGGGAAGGGAUUCACCCAUUCAGCUCAACUGAAGGAACAUCAGCGACUUCACACUGGGGAAUGGCCAUUCACUUGCUCAGUUUGUGGGAAGGGAUUCACUCGGUCAUCUCAACUGAAGGUGCAUCAGCGAUUCCACACUGGGGAGAAACCUUUCAGCUGCUCUGAAUGUGGUAAAGGAUUCACUCGGUCAUGUCAACUGAAGCUACAUCAGCGAGUUCACACUGGGGAGAAACCGUUCAGCUGCUCUGAAUGUGGGAAAAGAUUCACUGGGUCAUCUCGACUGAAGGUACAUCAGCGAGUUCACACUGGGGAGAGGCCAUUCACGUGUUCUGAAUGUGGGAAGGGAUUCUUUGAGUCAUCUCAACUCAAGAAACAUCAGUUUGUUCACACUCGGGAGAGGCCAUUCAGAUGCUUUGAAUGUGGGAAGGGUUUUGCUCGGUCAUUUCAACUGAAGGUACAUCAGCGAGAUCACGCUGGGGAGAGACCAUUCAGCUGCUCUGAAUGUGGGAAGGGAUUCACUUUGUCAUCCAAACUUGUGUGGCACUACCGAAUUCACACUAGGGAGAAACUCCUCACCUGCUCAGAUCGUGGGAAGGAAUUCACUCGGUCGUCUGAGUUUAAAAUACAUCAGCAAAUUCACACUGGGGGAUGCCACUCUCCUGUUCUGAAUGUGGGAAAGGAUUCACUCAGACAUCCCAAUUAAGACUA